AAGUCUUGAAAAUAAAUUACUUACUAAGCCGUAAGAAGCAAACCGAAACCAAUUCAAAUGGAUCCCAUCUCAGUGGAUGUAAAGAGCGUAAUGGAAGUCUUUGCCAGAUUGUGUAUCAUAUGCAACUUUCUGGCCGAUUCGGUGCAUUUGCUGAAGGACUGGACUCUGGAGCGUGUUCUGCUCAAUCUGAACUGGCACUGCGGCGACCUCUUCGCCAACUUCUAUAUAACAACCGUCGUGGCCAUCCAGCUGAUGGCCUGCAGUCUGGUGUUCUUUGCCAGUAAACGCCAACUGGCAGCAGGCCUACUCGGCCUGUUGAUCAACUUGCGCAUUGCCUCGAACCCCAUGCUAUGGAGCCUGGAGAUGUAUGCUGAUAUGUGCGCCCUGAUCCUAACCAUCGUGUUGGCCACCGUACCGCACCAUCGUUUUCUUCGCGGCGGAUUUCUCAUUGUGGCCUAUAUGACCUACAAGAGCAUCAAUGAUGGCUUGUUCUGGCGAUUUUUCCAUCGCUACGGGGUCAAAAUGAUGAUCGCUGUAGUCCUGAGCGGCUAUCAACUGAAAUGGUCAUCGGCCUUGUUGCUUACACUGCUCGUCGCUCAGAGCUUCAAGGCCUAUGCUUGGUGGGUGCUUCCCUAUUCCCUCUCCAAUAUGCCCAUCAUAUUCUACUUACGUUUUAAGUUCUGGCAACUGAUCUCGUUGCUGGGCGGCCUAAUAUUGACCGCCGUCAAUAUCCAGGAGCUUUGACUGUUAUACUACAAAGCUAUUCUAUUUAUACUCAUUUUUAAUUAAUUAAUUAAUAAUGCAGCUCUACCAAUAAAAUGUACCGCUGCACUACUAAAACUGGAAAACAAAUUGUCAACAUAUAUUGUUAUAUUGGUUGCAGUCAUCGUUCCUCCUAUACUAGUUAACGUAGUUAAUAGUUUACUUUUUCACUGACAACACCUGAGGGGU